GACCCCCGGAGUGCCGGGAACAAGCCGUGUCUGCCAACGGAGCGCUGCGGCUGCUGCCGGAGAAACCCCCCCAGACCUGGGCAAAAGUCGAGUGGAGGAAGAGGCUGAACGCAGCAUCCUACCUGCGCAUCCUGACGGCUGAGAAAAAUGAAGCUCCCCGAUCCUCCCAGGGUUUGUUUUCUGGGAGAGCUGUUUUCCAGCAGGAAACCCUCUCCCUGCAGAUCAGCCCAGUCCGCGUGGCAGACAGUGGGGUCUACAGGGCGGAUUUUGAGGACGCGUCAGGCGCGGUCACUUCCCUGCACUUCUGCGUCUCGGUGUGGGGGCUUUUUGGCUUCUUUCCAUGGUGGGCGGUGGCCGUCUCCCUGGGGCUGGCGCUGGCCAUCUCCGUAGCCCUCGUUGUCACCUGCUGCUGGUGGAGGAAGCGAGGAAAGGACCCCCAGAGAGGAGACGCCAAUGAGACGCUGACUGUGUACGCGGAGGUGGGCAAAUCUCGCACCGGCAAAGACCCUAAUGGGACCAGUGAGGCCACCGGGACAGGAAACACCAUCUACACCACCAUCUGCACCACGACGCAGGGACCCAGCUGCCCUCAGGAGCCUGGAGCCUGCACCAUCUACUCUGUGAUUCAGCCCACCAGGAAGCCUUCUUCUCUCAAGAGGAAGAGGCUGGACCCAGCUUUGGUCUCCACUGCCUACGUAGAGGCUACGGGUGGUUUCAGACGUUCGUGCCACGCGUUGCAGACCUUGCCCCCGGCCCCUGCCAGCCGCCACCUCUCCUAG